GGCGUUUUUGAGGGCCUGCUAGACACGUUCAAGACCGACAACAACAAUGCGCGCCCGAGAGUUCCACAGUACGGACGACCAACCAACAGGCGUGGAGAGAUCACCAAGAACGACCCUUACAAGCUGCUUCAACAGAACUUCCAGGACGUUAGAAAAAGUGCAUCUAACAACGCCGAAAGUCUGGCUGCCGCGAAUGAGAUUGUUGAAUACGAGAGACAAAUGACGCGCAAAUGGAAGGAUGGAGAUGUCUACGCACCUCACGACCUGAGCGGCGUCGAGAUGAGCAAAUGGAGCAAGGGUCAGCCAAAGGGCAGGCCAAAGAAGGACGUCUUUGAUAUGCUGAAGAUCAACCCUCUGAACCACUACUGGAAUUUCUCCAUGAUGUCUGAGUUUAUGACCGAGAUGGGCAGGAUCAAGCAUUCCAAGGACACAGGAUUGAGACCGGUGAACCAAAGGAAGGUGGCCAAAGCCGUCAGAAGAGCAAUUGGCCUUGGUCUGAUGCCUAGUGUGCACAGGCAUCCUGAGAUCUUGCAACCAAGAGGAUCUCUUGGUCGAUAGAGGGUGAUCCAAUCUUUGUACAAGUACAUAUAUAACUUUACACUUCAUUUCAUCGAGUGAUAAAAAACAAGGUCACAUUAUCGAUAUACAAAACAUCACCAAGGAGCACGAUUGUAAUGAAGACAGGAUUGCCAGGAAUAUACAAUAAUCUAUACAACUGAAUAGAUCAGGCAUUCUCUGUUCCUAUUUGAAAAGAGAG